CUCCCCGUCCUCAUUAGCCUGGUUCAGAUGAUCGCCUGGACCCCAGAAGACACGGGUGAAAGUAAAUGGCUCAUCUCCAGCUUAACCGGGACCUCAUUAGCUCUGCAAUGCAGGAGUUCCAUGGUCUGCUGAAGCAGCAGGAAUUUUCCUCCCACAUCGUGAUCCCCUUGGAAGCCAUGGAGACUAUUGUGAACGACUGGGUGGCCUUCUACAUUUCCUUCUACUCGCCGAGGUUGUCGGGCGAUGCGGCGGAGCAGAGCCAGGCUCAGGAGGAGCUGCAGGGAGAGCUGCGGACUUCGGCCGAGCCCUUCCUCGCCAAGUACAGUGCCUUCCUGAACUCCCUCUCGGCCCCUUGAUAUCUCGGGGACCCACGGCCCCCGGCCCCGGAAACAGAAGACCCGGCCCCACUCUCCCCGGUGACCCCUUCCUUCCUCUCCCUCUCCCUGCUCUUGCUCCAAGACCUUUCCCCUCACCUGCCACUUCUGUUCUCUGUCAAUAAAGACAAACUCUGUUACUAACA